AUGGUUCAGAGCUUCCAACAGGUUAAAUACUUUAUAUGUUUCUAUGUAGAAGAUAAAACAAAUGUUUGUCUACUCUCUGUCAUUGUUCAGGGACUGUGUCUCUCAUGCUGGGCUUUCAGUGCAACUGGAUCACUUGAAGGACAGCUUUUUAAGAGAACAGGAAAGCUGAUUCCUCUGAGUGAGCAGAACUUGGUUGACUGUGAUCGGAAAAGCCAUGGAUGUAAUCGUGGAUUUGUACAUAGUGCUUUGGAGUAUGUAAAACAAAAUGGGAUUAACUCUGAAUUUUCCUAUUCCUACACAGCCGAGCAAGGUGAAUGCCACUUUAACAGAAGUGAUAUUGUCACCCGUUGUGCGUGUGUGAAAUGCAUUCAACAAAAUUCUGAGCAUCAACUCGCUGCAGCAGUGGCUCAGGUUGGACCCAUUUCUGUUGCUAUCGAUGCAAGUCACAAAUCUUUCAGUCUUUAUAAAAGCG